AUGAAACUACCUAAGAGCUUUACCAGGCGGAAAUCGUCCGGCAACGUUAUUGAAGACGUGGAACCCCCUCACCAAUCCUCCUUUCGAGUCUUCGAGCGCCCGGGUCCUCAUCGAUCCAUGACGGAUGGAGCGGUGCUGACCAAGCCGCUGAGUGAGGGUCAUACAGUGCCGUCGAUGGAGGAUUCCGAUAAUAUCUUUGCGGAGAGGGAGCGACCCCUGGACAAGAGCCGGUACGAUCGCCCUUCGACCAUGGAUUCUCUUAGGAGACGGCUGACUGGGAACCGCGAUAGUGGUAACUACGAAAGUUCGACGUCAACCAGGCUAAGCUCAUCAUCCACCCUCCCAUCAUCAACCGAAGUCCCGCCGCCCGACGAGACCCAAUCCCCUCAUUCCAGAAUCCAUGAUGUUCCAGCUCCACCAAUCACGAGUGCACUGCGCGCCGCAGGACGAACUUUCUCGUUCGGUGGUCGAUUCGGCAAGUCAGGACCACACGUCCCUCGGCAACAAACACCGGAUACCUCAAAGAAUCGCCCGGUGACAGGCAGCACCGACAGCACGGCCACCCCACCCAAGCUGCCAGAUACAGACUUCGCUCUCAGCUCGCAGGACGAUUUCAAUAAGAUGUUUGAUAAUAUGGGUGGACAGGGCUCCGCAAUCCGGGGAUCAUCCCCUAAACCGACAAAGGUAACACCUGCAAUCGCUCGUCCAGACAAGGAUGCAUUGCUGACAGUAUCGCAGUACUCGUCGUCUCCACCAACGCAUGUUCUGCCCGAGUUCCAAAACAGCAGAGCUGCAGCCCCCGCCGCAAUCAAUACAGAUCGAUCGACUGCUGUCGAGUCACCCCCUUACUCCUGGGAUCGUCGCCCAUCCGAGGAGGGCUUGCUACGUGGCCCGCAAUCUCCACCGCUGAACCAGAGCCAGUCUACCCCCGAUACGGUUGUUGGUUUCCGGAAGCUUUCGCCGUCUCCUAAUCAGUUUGCCGAGGCCACUACCUCACAUCGUUCCUUGGAGCGCCCGCGGGGAUCGGAGAGAGGAGGAUUGCGGAGGAGUGGGAUAUAUUCGGCCAAGGGGGAAUCCGCACCCUUUGAUGACGAAGAUGCCCAAAUGGUCCGAAAGUCUGUCGUAUAUGGCAAAGAAAGCACUUCGCCGUGGGCUGAGGGCAGCCCUUCAGGUGGAACCCCAUUGAUUGACAAGGGCAAAGCACCCAAUUACUCUGGGCAAGUGAACCCAGAACCUGAUAAUAUGUUCCAAUACCGCCGCUCGCCCCCUCCGGCCGACAGAUUGGACCCCUCCAUUGCGGAUCACGCGCGGUUGGCUGUGCAGUACGCAGAUAGUCUCCCCAAGUCAUCUUCUCCGGGUAACAAGGUGAUGACUCCAUCUCAGUUCGAGCACUAUCGCCAGCAACAAGAACUCCGACGCUCCAAUAGCGACGCGACUAAGAGCGAUGACGAGUCUGAUCACGAGGAGUUUGACGAUGAACAAGAUGAGGUGGAGAAGCAACGUGAGACGGAACGUCAACGACGAAAGCAGGAGGCUCAUCUAUCUGUGUAUCGUCAGCAAAUGAUGAAGAUCACAGGUCAGCAAGCACCUGUGCAAUCGCUACGUCCGGUCAUGAGUGGAGCUAGCAACAGCACCCCCAAUUUAAACCCCAGUCGCCUGUCUGUGCUAGGCGAGAAGUCCAACAGUGGAAAGAGCAGCGAGGAGGAGGAUGACGAUGUGCCACUUGGUAUUCUAGCCGCGCACGGUUUCCCUGGCCAGAACCGCCCACCAACCCGCCUGAACAAUGUCAGCUCCAAUCCCAACCUUCGCGCAUCUAUGCAACCGCCUUAUAUAUCAUCUUCCAACUCUGUUUCGGGCGCCGACCCCAACGCCAGCCGGGGCAGUCUCCCACCUUUUGCAAGGAACUUGCCGCGAGAUCCUUACUUCGGUGCAGGCCUGGUUAACAACGCCAACCGUGAAUCAUUGGCGUUCGGAGGUGGUUCGGUAUAUGGAGGAUCUUCGUCCCCCGCACCUCCCCCCGGAGGUCUUGUCGGUGUUAUAGCAAGUGAGGAGCGGGCGCGGGCGAUGCGCAGAGGAAGCCCGAAUACACAAGCAAUGCACGAGAUGGGAGGAGUGCCUCGGCCGUACUCGAUGAUGCCGCAGCAGCAGCAGCAAAACGUCAGCGCCGGAGAACAAGCGUCUAUCCAGCUAUCGCAGCAGAUGACCACUAUGAUGCAGAUGCAAAUGCAGUGGAUGCAGCAAAUGAUGCAAAUACAAGGUGGGCAGGGUCAACCUAUGAUGCAAGGCAUGCCAAUGCCUCCUAUGAUGAUGCCUGGUGGAGCGAUGGCCAUGCCUCCCAUGGGCCCUCCUUCGAUAUCCGGGCCCCAGUCCAUGGCUGGUAACCCGAACUUCCGGCCGAUGUCUAUGCCAACAUCCGUUCUCAACGCCUCACCCUCGCUCCCACACAUUGAUCAGCGUACGAUGAGCAUGAUGGACCCCAACAUUUCAACCCGUAGGACUGGCUCGCCCAUGCCAAAUCUGUCAGGUACCCCCUUCCGCCCCAACACCGGAUAUGCCGCUUCAAUCGCUCCGUCCGAGCGUAGCACCGUUGGCAUGGCGCCUCGUUACCGACCGGUAUCAACCAUGCAGCCUGAAUCAAAUUACGCAGUGGCAUCUUCAAACAAGCCUUUUGGUGACGAAAAUCACAACCCGUCCCUGCUGAUGCCUCAGUCUCACAUACCGAAAUCGCAUCUCGCCACUGUGACCGUACGCCCUGUUUCGCAGAGCACUGGUGUUGAAAAUCGGAAGCCCGGUUCCGAGGAUGAAGAGGACGACGACGAGGCCUGGGCUGACAUGGUGAAGAAGCGCGAGAAGAAGAAGAGCAGCUGGAAGAUGAAGCGAGGGACGUCUUCGUUCGGAGAUCUGCUGAGCGCUGUGCACUAA